AUGGCGAGGAAAGGUGCGUGGAGUGCUGAAGAAGACCAACUUCUCAGGAAAUGUAUUGAAAAGUAUGGAGAAGGGAAGUGGCACCAAGUCCCCUUUAGAGCUGGGCUGAACAGAUGCAGGAAGAGUUGCAGGUUGAGGUGGAUGAAUUACUUAAGGCCUAAUAUUAAAAGGGGCUUCUUCAACACAGAUGAAGUCGAUCUCAUUAUCAGGCUUCACAAACUUCUUGGCAACAGAUGGGCUCUGAUUGCGGGCAGACUUCCGGGCAGGACUGCAAAUGACGUGAAGAAUUUCUGGAACACUCAUAUUUCGAAAAGAUCAGCACUACUACUCAGCCCAACGUUUCUGCGACCGAUAACGUCGUCGUCAUACGCCCCCGACCUCGGAACUUCCUAA